GAAGACAGAUCAGAGCAGUCGAGUCCACUUUCCAACAUCUUCCCUAAUCAACCACCCUUCAACUUUCAAGUACCUCAUCACCGACUUCCCAAAAGUCACCAUGGCCACCGUCGAAGCUACUACUCGAUCCAACAACGCUUAUCUGUCUGAUAGCGAUGAUGGCCAAGCAUCCGGCGGCCGCCGAGGUGGAACGCUCGCAAGCUUGCCCGUCCCACCAACGUCUUCCAACUUGAAUCAGCCAGCUGGCUCCCUUGUCAAGGGCGCCGUCGACGAAAAGGGAAACCUGAAGGAUGCGGCCCUCCUCUUGGGUAUCAAGCUUGAUCUGGAAGCCGAGAUUCACCUUACCGCGCGCAUCCGCGGUGACAUCACCAUUGGAUUGUACUAGAUCUAGUACGAUGUUGUGAAGUUGAGCUGAAAGCUUGGAAGCGAAUAGUAUCAUAGGGAAGAGACGGUAAAUAAAUUGGGAAAUCUCGGGCUACAUGGUCGAUUGCUUGUGGAGACUUGGAUAUAGUAUGGCUUAGAUAGGGC